UCACAUCACUGACGAAAAAAAAACUGCUCCUCACCAACAUCGCCAUUCACCAUUUUCACAUCGCGCAAUGAGGCGACAUGGUUAAAAGAUAAUCCAGCGACCUUGCCAAUUACCCAAGAAGCCGCAAGAUUGCCACACAGAGCGUCGUUUAUGUCCCAAACGCGCCAUGCGGGCAUCUCUCCCGCAACGGUCGAGUCUGUUGCCGGCCUCAGCGCCGGCAUUGUUUCGACCCUCGUCGUACAUCCCCUCGACAUUGUAAAGACUCGUAUGCAGUUGUAUCGAAGCAUCGGCAAAGCAUCUCUCUCUUCUCCCCCUACGACCGUUGCUCUCCUCCGUUCCCUCUACGCAAAUCCUCGACCGGUUGCGACAUUAUACCGAGGCCUGACGCCGAAUUUACUUGGAAAUGCCGUCAGCUGGGCGUCUUUCUUCUUCUUCAAAUCCCGCUUUGAGAGCGCUAUAUCCAUGUUCCGCGGUCACGGCGGCCGGCUGUCUGCCAGUGAUUAUUUUGCUGCCAGUGCUCUAGCUGGAGCGUCGACGUCGCUGCUCACAAAUCCUAUUUGGGUGCUCAAGACGCGCAUGCUGUCGUCGGAUAGAGGUACUCGCGGAGCCUAUCCGUCCAUGAUGGCCGGCGCCAAGUCGAUAUACGCGACAGAGGGCAUCCGUGGCUUCUACCGCGGCCUUGCUGUCUCGCUUGUUGGUGUUUCUCACGGUGCAGUCCAGUUUGCAGUGUACGAGCCUGCAAAGCGCAUGUACUAUGCCCAUCGGGAAUCGGUGCGCGGCAUCGACUCGUCGGCCCCAAUCACACCAGAAGCAACCGUGGUGAUAUCAAGCUGCGCCAAGCUGAUUGCUGGUGCAGUCACAUACCCGUACCAGGUUGUUCGAAGCCGGCUGCAAAACUACCAUGCUGAUGAGCAGUUUGGUCGUGGCUUGCGGGCGGUUGUACAACGCAUUUGGCGAGAAGAGGGCGCAAAAGGAUUCUACAGAGGCAUCGUUCCCGGCGUUGCGAGAGUCAUGCCUGCGACAUGGGUAACAUUCUUGGUAUAUGAAAACGUCAAGUUCCAUUUACCUAGAAUGUUGGCUUCGUAAACUGACAAUGAUAUCAGAGGAAAAGGUGUUUGAGUUUGCUGUGAGAUGGCAAGAAGAGCUGUCUACGACUUUGGAAUACAGCUAUUUGGGUUCUUCAAUGGUAAUAUACAUACGGCGAAACGGUACAAAUGGAAUUGGGACAGUUUUUAUAGUCAUGUUAUGUUAAUAUAGAUUUGAUAGACGCUCACCCGUAGCGAGAUUUCAACUACGGCUACAUGAUGGAACACAUCAACGCCUGUAUAUCUGUACAUAUAGUCAAAUACACACAAAAUGCAUUAGUUUCUAAACCGUUCAGCCUUUCUUGUAUCUCGUAGUUGGGACGAAUGAUAGCGAGGACUCAUAAACAACCUCUAUCGGAUCUGGCGCUCCGUUCAAGCUACCCAUUGCCUCAGUCCGACGAGUGGCUGUUACAAAUUACAUUCGGACUACAUGGGGUGAAUUGCAAUAUCAGACCAUCUACGGCUUAAUCAUUGAGUCUUUUGAAAGUGAUCCAAAUCUCUACCUUUCAAUCCUGGGAAAUGAAAGCAGUUUCACCUUACACUUCGAGGCCUGGGAUACAGCCAAAACCUGGCCCAUGGGCACCAGAGCGUGGAAUAGUCUAGACUGACGUAGAACGGGACAAGUUGCCACCACAGCCAGUUGGAUUUACUGCGGGUUACAGGAACAUGACAAAUGGUGUUUAAUCGGGCGGCAUAUGGGCUAGUGGUGGCAAACAAGUUGCUCGCAUGACUCCCUAUCUUGUGUUGAAUGCCACACAUUGUUGAGAAUCACUGGAAAGGUCAUCCUUUGGCAAUUAUGCACAGGUUGCCCGAGGUGGGAAGGUCUCAGCCUCCAAUGGGUUGCGUAUCAGGUGCGCCUCAACGAUGACCCUGAGAAAUUUCGUGGCUUUGGGACAGUCCCUGAAAAAAGCCAGGUACCUCGCAGAGUACGCAGCCAUGCGGGUUGAUGGACGGCAAGUACUCUGAAAAGUUUUGCCUCGUCAUUCUAACCGAUGAGAAGGUACACUCGCGGCAGGGGAGCCCCGAAUGGGGGGUACCAGUCGGGUCGAUGCAUUUGAAACUGAGAUAUGAUAGUCUGGUGUGGCAUAUGCAGUAAUUGCCCGGUACCUGAGUGCGUAGAGAAAAAUUACUGAUACCGAGUGCAAAUACUGGUUGUGAUACGCAAGCCAUCUGCAGGACUGAAAGAAGAAAAUAAAGCCAAGGGGUCCUCAUCCACCUUGGCUGUGUAGCAGGGUGUGAGAAAGGAUUGGGGCAGCAGGCUUGCACGGCGUAAGAGGCGGCUAAGUGACUGAGUUGGCAGAUAGUUAUCCAAAUGUAGCAUCAAAAGGGGAUUGCCGAAGUCAAGUAGUCUAGAUACAGCAAAACUGAUAGCAAAACUGACAGAUCAGCAGCUGCAUGCCGUGGCUCGAACGAUGUAGCUGUCCUCUGAAAGUUAAAAGUGUGAGGAUAGAGAUGCCUUAGCAAGACCUGAAUAUUGCCGAGAUGUCCGGGUUUGAACGAGGUCAAGCAGGAGAAAAGACCGCAGUCCAGCCUGUUGGGGGCAAUGGCUAUGCUGGUACCAGACCUGUGGGAAGUCCUAUGCAGUCCGAACGCAUCGAUAGAUAAUUCCAGUUAUUCGGGUAUAACCCACAGCUCUGGUCAGCACCGCACUGUGGCUGCCUGUAAAAUCCUUUCAGAGAGAUCCAUGGCACCAGCCUGUUGGUGGUCCCCGAGAAGCGUGUGCAGCAAGACUGCAGGGCCGCGGGGAGCAAAGUCUUUCUGGCUGCAUUGGUGUGCCUCUGGAGGCUGCGUAGACAGGAUGGCACAUUGGGGGAUGUACCCGACGACUUUGCAUUUUGUUGGUAAUCGCCGGCCAUCAGAGGUACCCAAGUGCAAAUACUAGUGCCGUAGCCAAGUACUGUGCGCAAAUGAUCCCGUCCUGCAGGCUGGCGGGCACCUUAGUUCAUCUUUGUAGCGGUUCCAGAUGGAGUAGUUCAAGAGUGGUAUAGUAUGACUUGCAUGAGAAGCCCUGCAUGGGUGUGUGUGUAAAACGAGAGGGUACGCUUUCCUGCAACCACCCUACCCCACCGGGGCGUUUGGCGACGGAUCGAAGACGGCCGAGAGGUUAAGUACAACGAGAGGCGUUGCGUCUUUGUAGAGAGAAUGAGUAAUUUGUUUAUUCUUCCUUGCUUGGGGCUUGCUGAAGCCUGAGACAGCAUGUCUCGUAUCUUGUGGGUACGGCCAAGAGACAGUGCAUUGUUCCUGCGGCGGCCCAAAGCAAAAAAUGAUCUGAAGGCUGCCCAAGUUAAGCAGGGAGAGAAUUUGGACGCAAGGUACGGGAGUCCCUGAGCAGAUUGAGGGAGCAAGUACCCCAGGUUGACGAGCAUGCGAUCCAAAGCCAUAGCUGGAGCGUCGAAGUGGCGUCUUGAACUUGUGACGAACAAUGAUGGAAGUCUUUGACAAACGACAGCCAUUGUACCACAAAGCAUAGGGUAGUAAACUUAGAGCCCUUCUAUCAAUAUGAUGCAGGCUCGGCAAAUGCACUAGCUCCGGGUGGGUGUCCAGGGAACCCGUCCGAAGCUUAGAGUCGUGCUGUUGGUUACCUUAGCUGGCCCGGCCGGCGUAGCCCACUUGUUACCCGCGAAGCGAAGCCCAGCCGUUGCGAGAGCGCGCGGGGUUAUUUCAGCUGUGUGGUAUAUUGGUGGUCGAUUGACCAAUCCGUUGUAGUGCCGAGCAAACAGUUCUGGGCCGAUGCGAGUUCAUACCCGGGUGGGGGGGACGGAGGGGCAAACGGCUGCGCCGGCCAUAGUUGCGGCAGGCGAUGCGAGGAAUAUGAUGACUGUAAGAAAAGGCCCUAGUGGAGAGGGAACAAGAAGAAGGCCCGCCGUACGGUAGUAGCAGGGAAAAUAGAUACCGGACGCUUGUGGUGGCUGGAGGAGGGAAGAUGGGACAUGCAGUGGGCGAGUGGUGGGAGGGGAAACUUGUUAAUGCUGGAGGGCGUCAGGCUAUAAACAGCGGAUUAAAUCGAUUUUCCGGCCGCCUUCACCUGGCCCUUUUUUGCCGACGCAAGCUGGCGCGCCGCGGGAAAACGCCAACGCCAACACAG